UCCCUAAUCGUUAAAAAAAUGAAAUAAAUAAAAUAAAAGAGAACCCAGAGGCGGUUUCAGGAGGCUGCCCUGGUUUGAUAAUAUCUUGAUUCUUGAUGCCAAAGUUCAAAGCCGCCUUAAAUAGUGAUCCCAUUAUCACACUUUCCUCCUCCGCUUCGUUCCCCAUCCAUGGCGUCUCCCAACAUUUCUGUGAAAAUAAUUGACCUCUGCAAAGUCGCUCCGCCACCAUCUUCACGUGAGUACUCUUUCUCUCUCACAUUCUUCGACUUGCUUUGUCUCAGAGUUCAUCCUGUUGAGCGUCUCUUCUUCUUCUCCGUUCCUCACUUACAGUCUUCUUCCUUCUUCCAUUCCAUCGUCCCAAAGCUCAAACGCUCCCUCUCUCUCGCUCUUCAACACUUUCUCCCUCUUGCCGGCAACAUCGUCUGGCCCUCCGACGACUCACUCAAACCCAUCGUCCAAUACUCUCUCGGCGACGCAGUCUCUGUUGCCAUAGCAGUUUCUGAUUCUGAUAUGACCAAUCUCAUAGAUAACUCUCCUCGUGACGCAAUGCAGUCUCGUCCUUUCAUACCGAAUUUAGAGACACGUGAUUCAUGUGCUUCCGUUCUUUCCCUGCAAAUCACUCUGUUUCCCAACAGCGGAUUUUGCAUUGGCAUGAGCUCACACCAUGCCGGUUUAGAUGGCAAGUCAUCGUUCUUGUUCAUCAAGGCCUGGGCUUAUCUAUGUCGAAUAACAGAGGCUCAUGAUGCAGAGAGUGAAUCUUCUUCUUCUGGUUUGCUUCCCCCAGAACUUCAGCCAUUAUUAGACAGGGAAGUUAUCCUCGAUCCACGUGGCCUUGCAGUCGCAUACAUUAAUGGGUGGUCAGGUUUUGAUCCCACUGGUCAGACUCAGAAGAACAGGCCAAGCUUGAAGAUUCUGUCUAACUUGUUCCCGCCGCUAGUGGACGACUCGGCUCGAGCCAUAUUCCAGCUGAAACGAGGAGAUUUAAACAAGAUAAAGGAAAGAGUGUUGCAGAACUGGGAGAUCAAUCACAAGUUGAAAGAAGAAAGAGAAGACUCAUCAUCAAUUUCAAAGCCUCCAACUUUAUCAGCAUUUGUGCUUACAACUUCUUAUGUUCAUGUCUGCAUUGCCAAAGCCAUUGAAAGAACUGAAAAUAAGAGAAAGAAACUGUUAUUCUGCCUCGUAGCUGAUUGUAGGGCCAGGUUAGAGCCUCCAAUCCCUGAAAACUACUUUGGGAAUUGCGUGAUGUCUCAUAUUAUAGAAACACAACCGGAUGAGGAAUAUGGGGUAGUCAUGGUUGCUAAGAAAAUACACAGAAGGAUAACGAAAAUACAAAAAGAGAAAGGAGUGCUUGACGGAGCAGAGACACUGUCUACAAGGAGUGUUUCGCGAUCUGGAGAAGGAAAGGAAGUUCAAUACAUAGCAGUAGCCGGGUCGAACCGGUUUGGGGCUUAUGAGACUGAUUUUGGAUGGGGAAGGCCAGAGAAAGUGGACAUCAUUUCUGGGGAUAGAGGUAUAGUAAUGGCGAUGGCAGAGAGCAAAGCUGGUGAUGGAGGGGUGGAAGUGGGAAUCGUAAUGAAGAACCAUGUGAUGGAUCAAUUUGCUUCCCUUGUUCGAUCAGAGAUUGAGUGUAUUUGACAUGGAGCACGUGAUGUGCAGAGAUAACGGAUCAAGAAAGAAGCCGAGAUUAUAAAAGCAUGUGUUAAUGUCUUUUUCACAUUUUCAGUUCUACUCCCUCUUCUUUUUCUUUUUAUAGGCCAAAAUACUGAAAAGUCCGGUUUUGGAAGGGUAUUUUUUUUUUCUGGUUAAAAAGCACUUGAAAAGUUGAAAUGAUUUGAUGUUUUAA